ACAAAUGCACCCAGGCGAUUUCGUCUUAUCGUAGACUAGAGAGUAUUCGGAGACAUUUAACAAUGGAAUAAUUAAGUCUAAAUAAUCGAAAUUCUGACUGUUGUAAGCGACAACUAGCUAAUUUGUACCAUGUGCUUAUCACAAAAUUAAUUAACAGUGAACUGUCACACUUGAAGUAAUGUUUGUAUAAUUAUUUGCUCAAAAUGCAUUUAUUUUUAAAUACAUAUAUCUAAUUUGUUAAAAUUUAAAAUGUAAAAUAGUAUUUAUCUUAGGAGUAUAUAUAGCGAUUCAAGUGAAAACUAUGUUAUAUUUGUUGCCACAUCUCCAGGCAAACAGUUUCAUAACAAUGGGUUUGAAUGAGUUUCGUGUAUUAUUCUGCUGGGUGUUGAUAUUAUUAUCGAUUGUGACGGUUGCUUACAGUAAACCUGUAAAUGACGUAAUGAGCGAAUAUUGAACUAAAUUACCAAGAUGCUGGGCGGAAGCGUACUGUGGUUCCGUCAUGGGCUGCGACUACACGACAACCCUGCAAUGCACAGCGCACUCCAGGAUCGCAGCGUGCCGUUCUUCCCGCUGUUCAUCUUCGACGGAGAGACGGCUGGUACAAAACUGGUGGGCUACAACCGCAUGAGGUACCUUCUGGAAGCUCUGGAGGACCUGGACAGCCAGUUCAAGAAGUUUGGCGGUAGGCUGAUCAUGAUCAAGGGGAAGCCGAGCCACGUGAUCCGACGGCUUUGGGAGGAAUUCGGCAUCCGCAAAGUGUGCUUCGAGCAGGACUGCGAGCCGGUGUGGCGGCCGCGUGACGACAGCGUGAAGAGCAUCUGCCGCGAGAUCGGCGUCACGUGCCACGAACACGUCUCUCACACGCUGUGGGAGCCAGACACCGUGAUAAGAGCUAACGGGGGGAUACCCCCGCUCACUUAUCAGAUGUUCUUGCACACGGUAGCGACCAUUGGCGACCCGCCGCGGCCGGUCGGAGACUUGGACCUCCUCGGCGUCAAGUUCAGCACUCUGCCCGAAUGUUUCUACCAGGAGUUCACAGUAUUUGAUAAGACGCCAAAACCCGAGGAUCUUGGUGUGUUCCUGGAGAACGAGGACAUCCGCAUGAUCCGCUGGGUGGGGGGCGAGACCACCGCCCUGAAACAGAUGCAGCAACGACUCGCCGUCGAGUACGACACCUUCUGCAAGGGCUCUUAUUUACCAACUCAUGGGAAUCCGGACCUGCUUGGACCUCCGAUAUCAUUGAGUCCGGCCCUGCGCUUUGGUUGCCUCUCUGUUAGAAAGUUCUACUGGGCGGUGCAGGAUCUAUUCCGCCAGGUCCAUCAGGGACGUCUUACUUCCACUCAUUUUAUAACAGGUCAGUUGAUAUGGCGCGAGUAUUUCUACACGAUGAGUGUGAACAACCCUAACUACGGACAGAUGGCGGACAACCCUAUCUGCCUCGACAUCCCGUGGAAGAAUCCUGAGGGCGAUGAACUGGAAAGAUGGGCGGAGGGUCGCACCGGGUUCCCGUUCGUGGACGCGGCGAUGCGCCAGCUGCGCGCCGAGGGCUGGCUGCACCACGCCGUGAGGAACACCGUCGCGUCCUUCCUCACGCGCGGCACGCUGUGGCUCUCGUGGGAGCACGGCCUCAACCACUUCCUCAAGUACUUGUUGGACGCGGACUGGUCGGUGUGUGCGGGUAACUGGAUGUGGGUGUCGAGCAGCGCGUUCGAGGCGCUGCUGGACUCGGGCGAGUGCGCUUGCCCGGUGCGGCUGGGCCAGCGGCUCGACCCCAGCGGCGAGUACGUGCGGCGCUACGUGCCCGAGCUGGCGCGCGUGCCCGUCGAGUACAUCUACGAGCCAUGGAAAGCACCACUGGACGUCCAGGAGCGUGCCUCGUGCAUCAUCGGCAAGGACUACCCUGCGCCCCUUGUCAAUCACGUAGUCGCUGCCCAGAGAAACAGGAACGCUAUGAAGAGGUUAAAGCGGUCGAUAGGCGGCCGACUAGACAAGGACAAGUGGUUCAGUAUAGUCGGGGAACUACGUCAUAUCCUGCAAAAGGCGCCGCCACAUUGCUGCCCCUCUUCUGAAGAUGAGAUUCGACAGUUCAUGUGGCUUAACGAGUAAAACAUUUAUCCAGUAUUUAGAUAGCAUUUUCAUCUAUCACAUGUUUUUGAUAAUUCGUGAUUUAUAAAUGCUAAUUGGGUAUUUUGUUGUACUUGUACCAUUUAUACCUGCAUAUCCAUACCUAAUUGGAAAAAUGUUUAGAUUUUUAAAGUAGUGACUUACUACACAAAGGAAGGCCUGGGGCAAAUUGACGGAAAUUUAUUGCCAAUGCAAAAUUCAGUGACGUAUUGUUUAGGUCACAAUAAGAUUAUUUUCUUUAUGAAAUAAACUAUAUUUAAAUAGCUUGAAUACGCAGCCUGUGCCUCAAGGAAUCGGUGCUAAUCGGUUUUUCUCUCGUGUCGGGGCCUUUAAAAUUUUGCCGAUAUGCCACCCUAUAGCUACGCCCCUGUGGAAACUCAUGCUACGUCAAAUAUAUUGAAAAUUUUAUCGUAUUAUAAACUCAAUUCGUAAGUUUGCUUUCAUAAACCAUGCAGUAAAUAUUGUUCUCUGCGAAGCGGAGUUGCGUCAAGAAGAGCUUAUGAAUCAAAAUCAAGCUUGGAUUCUCGAUGACCAGCAUUUCAAUAAAUCUUCCCGGUGUGUUAUAUAGGCCCUGUAUUAUAUACUGUCCCACUGCUGGGCACGAGCCUCCUCUACUACUAAGGGAUUAGGCGUCUCGGUGAUUAAACAGCAAAAUUUUUUUUCUAUGCUGGUUGCGCAUAAAAAAAAAAUAAUCAGUAAGAUUCACUGUAAAUCACGAAUUGUCAUCGUGUGAAUAAGCUCUUGAUCUGUUUUAAUAUUCGUAACAUCGGUGUUUAGUUUAAUAUUAAAGUUAAUGUCAUACAGUAAACCCAUGAUGCAUUUAACUAAAAUAAAGACGUGUAUUAAUUGUUCAGUUUAAUGAAAUAAUUCUACAACAGGCACUUGAAUGAGCAACAAUAUAGAGCCCCAGUAUAAACUGAACUGUAUCCACGUUUAGUCAUUGUAACGCAUAGGAAA